AGUGUGUGGACGUCACGGCAGGCUGGCCCACAGAGAGGCUGAGCAUACACCGAGCGGCGCCAUGCAGUACCCUCGAACCGACAGCUAGCCAGCAGAAAUGCCUCCUGAAGCCCCAGCCCAAAACGCUCGGCCCAGGUCACACAAUGUCGUAUUAUUUCACUGAUACAGGAUAUGAAGAGCAAGUAAGUGUGCUAAAAUGGCGAGGUAUUGAGUCUUAGCUUCCCUUCUCGCUCGGUGUAGCGUGGCAGAGGCAGUGGAUCGUUUCCAAAGUUGUCGGUUAGCAGGGCGCGUGUGAAGGAUUGGAAUUAAAGGCGCAGCGUACUCACUGUAGCCGCAAACAUGGAGAAGCAGCAGAGCGAUUUGGAACGAGACCGACAGUACUGUGAACUUUGUGGGAAAAUGGAGAACCUCCUCAAGUGUGGCAGGUGCCGGAGCUCCUUCUACUGCAGCAAGGAGCACCAGAAACAGCACUGGAAGAAACACAAGCUUAUCUGUAAGGAGGCAGACAAGGGGCAGCUUCCCAAACAGACUCCGCCGUUGGGGGACGACAAAGAACCGGACAAAUGCAGAGAUAAGAAGUUAAGCCCCGAGCAGACCGACAGUGCAUCAUCACCUCGAACCACAAACACAGAAGCACAUGGGGCCGGUGACAGAGCGGGAGAGGACGGGUCCAACGACACCGCCACACCUAAUGGACAAACAAGCUCAUCCCCUCAAAAACUUGCCACGGAGUGCAUAGUCCCUUGUAUGAACAAGCAUGGUAUCUGUGUAGUGGAUAACUUUUUAGGAGCAGAGACUGGACAAGGCAUUUUGGACAAUGUCAAAGCCCUGCACAAAACGGGCAAGUUCACAGACGGACAGUUAGUCAGUCAAAAAAGCGACUCUACUAAAGACAUCAGAGGUGACAAAAUCACGUGGAUAGAGGGGAGGGAGCCCGGCUGCGAGAAGAUCCGCUUUCUGAUGAGUCGUAUGGACGACUUGAUUAGACAUUGUAACGGCAAACUGGGAAACUACACAAUAAAUGGAAGGACAAAAGCAAUGGUGGCGUGUUACCCUGGAAACGGGACUGGAUACGUGCGUCAUGUGGAUAACCCCAAUGGCGACGGACGGUGUGUCACAUGCAUAUAUUACCUUAAUAAAGAUUGGAGUGCCAAGAUGGGGUCUUUGAAGAGAGGACGAGCCAAAGAGGAACACGGUGGCCUUCUUCGAAUCUUCCCAGAAGGAAAGGCCCAGUUUGCCGACAUAGAGCCCAGAUUCGACCGUCUGCUGCUGUUCUGGUCGGACAGACGGAACCCUCACGAGGUUCAGCCCGCCUUUGCCACCAGGUAUGCUAUCACAGUGUGGUAUUUUGAUGCAGAGGAGCGAGCCAGAGCUAAAGAAAAGUACUUAACAGGUGCAGGGGAAAAAGGAGUAAAGGUGGAACUCGACAAACCAUCAGAUCCAAGCUAGUGGGAAUCCUGCACACCCCUCUACAAACAGCCAUUAAGUGCUCUGUCCUAAGAAAGUGGCCUAUAGAGCGCAUGUGUGUGUGUUUUACAUGGCAAAACAGCAGACUUUUGCUUGAAUGAGUGAAGAGAAGAUCCAUGUUUAUGGAGAGGAAGCAAACAAAAAGAUUUCUGUUCGUUUUCAGCAAACUGGGCCGACCCAAUGGACCUUGAAUGUCAUGACGUUGUACUGAAAGGGAUUGUGUGGAUUUUUUUUCCUUUCACCUCCGUGGUGGAGAAGGCUUAUGUUACAGCAGCAGAUGUUUUUUGGAAAAUCACUUAAGACGAGAAUUAAGCUCAAAGAGAAUCUCCAUCUUUUGCAUCUAUUUGUUUUUGCAGUUAAUUCCUUAAAGGUACAGUGUUCUGCAUAUGCUUUAUGUGUUAUGCUUUUCACAUGGAAUCAGCUGUUAUGAGCUACUGUAUGGCCAAAUGUGCUUGGGUCUGCAAUAAUAUGAGGAAUGAUCUGAAUUAAAAACACCAUUUUUCUGACAGAAA